AUGGCUGGGUCGGAGAAGACCGUUGUUUGGUUCAGGAGAGACCUCAGGAUUGACGACAACCCGGCCUUGGCAGCUGCGGCGAAAGAGGGCUCUGUCCUCCCUCUCUUCAUAUGGUGUCCUGCUGACUACGGGCAGUAUUACCCUGGAAGGUGCUCCCGGUGGUGGCUCAAGCAGUCCCUUGCCCACCUUGGGAAGUCACUAGAGUUGCUCGGGUGCCCACUCGUGCUGAUCCGUGCGGAGGACACCACUCUUGCAGCUCUUUUGGAGUGCGUCCAUUCCAUCAGUGCCACUAGAGUGGUUUAUAAUCGUCUCUACGACCCUAUUUCACUUGUGCUUGACGACAAAAUCAAGAAUGAGCUUUCAGCCCAUAGAAUUUCUGUCCAAAGUUUCAAUGGUGAUCUACUUUACGAGCCAUGGGAUGUUUAUGAUGAGAAUGGGCAGGCAUUUACAUCCUUUAACAAGUACUGGGAGAAAUGCAUGAAUCUACCUAUUGAGAUAUCACAAUAUCUUGCACCUACAAGGCUGGUGGCAGCGCCAGGUCUAGCGAAUGUUCGCUAUUGUUCGAUUGAUGAUCUAGGUCUUGAAUCUAGUAAGGAUGUGGAAUCAAGCAAUGCUUUGCUAAGCAGGGCCUGGUCUCCUGGCUGGCGCAAUGCAGAGAAUAUGCUUGACGAAUUUGUGUCUUGUGGUCUCCUAGAAUAUUCAAAACAUGGUAUGAAGGUUGGGGGAACUACAACGUCAUUAUUGUCACCAUAUCUCCAUUUCGGGGAGUUGAGUGUAAGGAAGGUUUAUCAACUUGUUACAAUGCAUCAUGUCAAGUGGCAAAAUGAAGGAAAAUAUGAAGCUGAGGAGAGUGUUCGAUUGUUCCUAAGAUCAAUUGGUUUUCGGGAAUAUUCGCGGUACUUGUGCUUUAACUUCCCGUUCACGCACGAAAGAUCAUUUCUGGGUAACUUGAAGCAUUAUCCCUGGCUAUUGGAUGAGGGCCGUUUCAAAUCUUGGAGACAGGGAAUGACUGGAUACCCGUUAGUAGAUGCUGGCAUGAGGGAACUCUGGGCUACUGGUUGGACACAUAAUCGGAUAAGAGUGAUUGUUUCAAGUUUCGCUGUAAAAUUUCUACAGAUACCCUGGAUUUGGGGAAUGAAGUACUUUUGGGAUGUGCUUCUGGAUGCAGACCUAGAAAGUGAUAUUCUUGGUUGGCAGUACAUAUCUGGGAGUUUGCCUGAUGGACAUGAGCUCAGCCGUCUUGAUAAUCCAGAGGUUCAGGGUCAAAAGUACGAUCCAGAUGGUGAAUAUGUAAGAACUUGGAUUCCUGAACUUGCUAGAAUGCCAACAGAAUGGAUCCAUUGUCCAUGGGGUGCUCCUAACUCUAUAUUACAUGUUGCUGGAGUUGAGUUGGGCUUUAACUACCCUAAGCCCAUAGUAGAACUUCAUAUGGCGCGGGAAUGCUUAGAUGAUGCCAUCUCCACAAUGUGGCAAUUGGACACAGCUGCAAAACUUGCUGAACUAGAUGGCGAAGUUGUGGACGACAAUCUGAAUAAUAUCAGGAAUUUUGAUAUCCCAAAGGUUGUUUUGAAGAAGAAAUUAUCUCCAAGCACUUCAUCGAUGGACCAAAGGGUACUGUCUACUAAUGGCAAGAACGAAAAGUUACAGCCUACUGAAGUGAAGGCCCCAUACAAACAGAUUAUUCAAGAUGAUAUGAUCAAUGCCUCAAACAUGGAUGACACAGGCUCUACUGCUAACUUGCAAGUGACAAGGAAAAGAUCUAGCAGUGAUAGUGCAUUCAAUGUUCCCUCAUCUUCAUCCUCAUUAGUCAUGGAAUCAUGGAUUCAUGAUAAUGACAAUUGUUCUGUUCGGUAUUCAGGCUACCUCCAGCAGACAGCAGACAGGGAUGGCACUGAUAAGGUUGAAGAUAAUGACAGUGAAGAUAGUGGUACGAGCAUCUCUAGGCCAUCCAAGAGACCUGCUUAG